AUGGUGCUCUGCUGGGAGUUGGACCGUGGCCGAAUCCUUGUUUCCUUUAAUAACCGUAACUGCUGGAGACAGAAGACCGGGAUUGUAUCUGAGCGGAGGGGCAGUCCGUCGAGCGGCUCGGCGCCGAGACAAAGAGAUCGGUGGCAGCGAUGGGAGGCUGCUUGCGCCGGUAACAUCCGAUCGCCCACAAUGAACCUGGACAAAGAUCUGGCCCGGCUUUUCUCAGAGCUGCAUUCGUUCCUCAAAGUGCUGGAGACAGAAAGCCUGAGUUGUGUCGCGGAGUCGAAGAAGGAGUCUGUGGCUGAAUUGCUUCAGGAACUGAACAGAAGUCCGUGCACAGAACGCUCCGGCUCCAUUGCAGCUGAGGAUGCUGACUACAUGUUCAUGAGCUGUGUCACACCGACAGAGAAUCGCUGGGAAACACAGCUUCAGGAGAAUGCAAAGGUCCGGAACGUGUUGGAAAUCAUCGAGGAUCUGGAAGACGUCCCGUCCAGCUACCUGGUGACGGAUGAGUUUCAAAUGAAAGUGAGCCUUGCUGCCACUCCUUCCGUCCCAGCUCAUCUCCACCAGGUCCACGCUGACGACUCGUAUGAGGGAGCAGACCCACUGUGCUCCGUUGCCCGCUGCUCAACAGAUGGUGUGGAUUCGGACAGUAGCCACUAUGAAUCUUACGGGGAGGAGGAGGUGUGUGCCACCAAGCGUGCAGCCUCCCUGCAGAGGAUUCCCAAGCACUCGCUGAGCGGCACCCGGAUUUGUGGCCUGCUGUGGCGGAAGCAGUGGCUGGGGCGAUGGACCAAGCAGCUGUUCCUCAUCAAAGAUCAAGUUCUGAUGUGUUACAAGUGCAUGAAGGACCAGCAGCCACUGAUGGAGCUCAGCCUCCACGGAUCGCGCGUGACAUACAAGUUCAAACGCAGUAAGAAGGUCCAGCACGAGCUGAAGGUCGCGACCGCGAGUAACGAGACCGUGGUGCUGGGGCUGGAGAGCCGCGAACAGACUGAGGACUGGCGGAAGGUCAUUGAAGAGGUGAGCAACUCCAUACGCUACAGAUCUACACCCUGGGAUUCACCAAAGGUGGCAGGCAAGAGCCAAAAAUCUGCCAGCUACAAGAUACCGCUGAGGGCUACGCGAAGCUUGGAGUCAGACAGAUUCACGGGUGAGAUGGUGAAUGUAAGAGCAGCGACCCACAGCACAGGUUACCUGAAGGUGCUCGUGAAGGACCGCUGGCAGACUCUCUGGUGUCGUGUCCAGGACCAAGUGCUCUUCAUGUACAAGGACAACAGCACGGCUGGGAAAUUGCACUUCUCCGUGGACCUGCAGGGCUGUGAAGUUAGAGCAGAGGCCAACAAAGCUCACAAUCGCAGACUUACCAUUUCCCAUCAGAACAAGGAUCUGGCAGUGCUGCAGACCAGCUCGUCGGAGGAGAGGGAUCGGUGGCUGAGCCUUCUGCGGACAGCGUGUGUAGCAGAUACACAGUCAACUCAUCUAUAUGAAGAGGCUCCACCGGCAACUGGACCACAGAACACUCUGAGCAACGGGAACCUCAUCAGUGGCUUGCUGCUGCGAAGAGUUACAACUCCCAACGCGUACAUGGAUGACCCCUUUGGCCAAGUGUCCACUCCAGAGGACAGCGAGUGCGUCUCGUCACACCAACUGAGAGUCAGUCCACCAAGCCAGGAGCCGGGAAACAGAGGAGGUGCAGGAUUUGCAGAGAGUUACCAGAGCAGUAAAAAGACCAACACAACAAGAUACAACACGCUGCCGAGUGCCAGAUUUUUAAAAACUUGGAGUGAUUUUGAAAUUAAAAUGCCCGGAGAUGAGAUGGAACCUGUUAGGAACCAGUCAACACAGACAGACAAGAAAGAUUUCAAAGAAGCAAUGGAUUCCUUGCCUGAAAAGAAGACCUUGCCGAGGCUGGAAGAGAAGAUCCGUCGGCUGGAACAGGCCGUGUACCGAGCGAAGGAGAGGGUAAAAUCAGGCUCUGAGCUCAACCUGCUGUCUCUCAGCAAGACCUUCAAACGAGCCUCCUGCGGACACACACUUGCACUGUUCUCAUCGAGCUCGGAGACUACAAAUUCUGAGGUCGCAAUUGUGAGUCCAAUCCUGAGACGCACAGCCUCAGCCAAAAGCAGUCUGAGGCGGACACCGAGCGUCCUCGGCGUUGAGAAAGGCAAAGUGCUGCAGAAAACAAAGGAAUGGGAAAUGAAGUCUUCAAUUUAAUCAGAUGAAAGAGACAUCUAUUUCUUCACCAAAGGACAACCUCCAUGUGAAGAUGCCCUGCUUUCUAGGACUCAGCACUAUAAAUAUUUGAAUUAUCUUGUGGAACAAGCGUAAAAAAGGAUUCCUUCCUACCUUCCAGUUCUCAAAGGAGGGCAAUUCCUGUACUGCACCUGGUUUUCUGUUAAAAUCUGAGAUCUGAGCCAAGCGUGCAGGAACUAAGGGUGGAACCUCGAAACCCCUUUUGUUACAAAACAUCUGUUGUAUUUUUAACUUGUUAAUCUCAUGUUGGCUAAAAGUGAGAGAGAAUAGAGUGAAUACUUGCUAUAUCAACUCCUUGAAAUUCGCACCCCUCCCUCCCCACCAGGUGCAUUCCUCAUCCCUCACCUCUUACUUUUCCACCUGAAAGCAAGAACACAAAUGCAUUCUCAGAACUCGCUAAUUCUCUGGUCAAUAUGUUGUCUUUUUUGAUGGACGUGAAGUGGGGCAUAAAUCACUUAUUCUUUAGGAACGAGUUGCAAAAUUACCUGCACAGAGUGAGGAGCCUUAAUGAGGAAAGGUAAUACUCCUUUCUACCUUGGACGUCCUUUGCCAGCAGAAGUUGUUGAUCAAUUCUAACUUUGUUUGGGAUAACAUAAGCAACAGAAGUUUCCCCAAAACAGGAAAUUGGUCAUCAAAUCUGAUAAUAACUUGCCAGGUAAAUAGGCAACAUCUGCUGUUUGGCAAUCCGAAAUUCUCCUUUAAGUAUCUGUCAAGCUGCUGGUUUUUGAUUACAGCAGUAGUGAUGUUUACAGUUAAAUCUCUGGGUUUGGGAUACAAACACAUUCUUGACUAUAACUGUAGUGAGGAAUUGUCUGGACAUGGGCAAGUUAGCUCAAUUGCAGAGAAAUUCCAAAAGAAAUGCCUCCCUGCUUUGAUGGCUACACGGAGUGAGGCAUUGAAGAUGGAGAUAAAUAACUUGUUUAAACUAGGAAUCAAAAACUUUCUGAAGCACUUAUUAAUCACACUGGAGCAAAAUAACACAGCAUGCAAGUGUCACGCAGCAUCACAUCAAGUAUCAGAUUUUGAGCACCAUAUUUUAUGGAAUGUUAUU